UCUCACCGAGAAAAUCGGAACUCCCAACGUUGUGUGGGUCAGCGCAUGCAGUGUUCUCAGACGGAGGGAAAGAAGUGGUUCAUGAACGGAUGAUUCUUUCUCUCCGACUGGGAACACUCGGAUCGUACGCUCUCCUCGCUCGUUCUCAUCUCCUUAUAUAGUGAAUCGGGACACCGAAGAGAAGGUAGCCGCUGUUAUCAUGAGCAACACGAUCACCCAGGAGGCCUACGAUGAGGUCGUCAGGGAAUUCAUGCAGGAUUUCCUCAUGACCGCCGAAGAGGCUAUCGACGACGCCGUCAGGCACUUCGAAACUCAGGGAAUAGACCUGAGCAACAUCGUCAAAGACUUAGCCCUCUCUGACAAGUACGAACCGAUAAUAACACGUCUGGAACGACUGACGUUCGCUGUGAGAGACAAGAGCUAUGAGCUCGUGCCCGAAACGUUGCAAGAAUUGCGCACAGAACUGGACAAGGACAUCGGACACCGGGUGUUCGCGGGCAAACAGAAGUGCUACAAUAUCCUGCUCGACCUUUUGAAAGACUGCCGAAAGAAUCACGCGAUAGUGAAAUCCGCGCUAAAGACCAUCACGUCGCUGAUGACCGGCAAUCCGGACUUACUGGACGACGACGGUAUCGCGCUACAGAUAGAGAUGUUGGAGAAGUAUCACGACAUCGCGACGUUGCAAUACCUGUUACGUUGGAUACGAGAGUGCUGCAUAAAGCAUGAACUGAACAGGCAAAAGAUCUUCGAUGCCAAUAUCUUUGAGAGACUCAAGAAGAUAUUAGUGCGCGAAGACGCGAGCGUGGCUGAGAUCAAGGACGCGUGCUCGGUCAUCAGAGCCUUAGUCCUGGACGAUGACAUCAGGCACGAAUAUGGAAAGGCUCAUGAACACGCAACUGUCAUCGCGAAGGGUGCUCUCGAUAUUCUCACAGGAUUAUUAUCAAGAUUCCUGAAAGAUAAGACUGUAGUAGGAGACCUGAUGAUCACGUUGGCCGCAUUGAUCGUUCGAAACGAAUUCUGUCAAGAAGUCGAAGACGCUGGCGGCCUGAAAUUCGUUCAGGAUAUAAUGAUCGAUUAUCCGGACUCUGAGAAAUUAAACUGGCAGGCUUUGAAAUUGUUGAAAGCGCUCGCCGGCAAUGACAACGUGAAAUCUCACAUUGUGACUUCCGGAUGCGCGCCUAUAAUCGUAUCCGCUGUUAGCCGAAUGAAGACGGCGGAGUAUGUCGUGACCGCAGGAUUGGGUUGCAUAUCCGCGUUAUCUUUACGAAGCACUUCUAACGCCGGCGUGUUCUACGACUGCGGCGCGCCCCAAGUCAUCGUAGACGCCAUGAAAGCGUAUCCUAAGAACACGAGCGUCCUGAGACAAGCUUGCUGGGCGAUCAGGAACAUGUCGGUGCGAAAUAAGUCCGAGUCCGCGGAAUUUGUGGCGUACGGUGUCGAAGAUGUGCUGCAGAACGCGAUUCGCAUGCACGGUGCCAAGUUGGAUAACGACGCGAAGGCCGCAUUGAGAGAUCUCGGCCUCAAGGUAGAUCUGAAGGAGAGAUGGACGGGGAAAGGCGUCAAUCUGAACAACGAGCGUCAAUGAUCACCGACAUAUAACAUUCGAACUAUUUAUGUUACCGUGGUGCAACGGUAGCUCGCUAGUUCGAAUUUUGACUCGCUCGUUAUUUAAGCCGCAGCCGUCUUGAUUAAUAGCGGAUAAACGUGCCGAUAAACUAACGGUAACGCGUUACAAUAAUGUUAUAAUUUCUCACUCAACAAUGGAUAUGGAUAACUGGCAUGGAUAAGAGAACUUGCAGAGGGUGCAGUUCAUCGAUAUCGAGAUUCGUUCUCAUGCGGAACUGCAUCCCAUCCCGGUUCUCGAACUGGCACAUCCGCAUUCCAAUGAGCGUCUUGACGACUGUAAACAACUUGACUCAAACGCUCUUGACAAUAAUAGGGCAAGUAUUCAAAAUUUUAUUCAGGAUAUUAUCCAAUCGGCAAACGGAAGAGCGAAAUGAUUUUUUAAAGCUGACUAGCAAUAUCAAAUGAAAAUUUCACGGUAUACCGAUAAUGUUAGCAAGGAGAUUAUUACUGAAAUUAUGAAUAGAGAGCGAAGAUCCGCUAAUUUAAUUCUUUACAAUAUUAGAUUUAAUUAAUGACGUCGACUUCAAUUACAUGUCAAUCUUCAAAUUUAUUGUAAUAAAAUUUUUACAUGUGUAAUUCUUGCGACUAAUUAUUCUUUUGUACCAAAGGGAUGAAACUCGCAUAAAUAAAGGAAAUGAAAUAUUCGAAACGUAA